AUGCGCAUGGCUGGCGAGCUGCCGUCCCCGGCUAAAGAACCUGCUACCAACGGAUGUGAACAAUGCAAGGAUUUCCACCUGGCUCCCGAAAUCGAAGGGGAAACUCCCAUGGGAUCAGAGCAGAUGGAAAUGCGCAGAAGGCAGACCUCUGCAUCCCAGGAGAUACCAAGCUCCAUAUUGGCUCAGCCUGGGGUAGAGACUCGAGGCUCUAAUGCCUGUUGCUUCUGCUGGUGCUGCUGUUGCAGUUGCUCCUGUCUUACUGUUAGGAAUCAAGAUGAGAGGACAAGGGCAGCAGCACAUGAAAUCAGAUCAGAAAUGAUUCCAUACUGUGAAGAAAGCUCAGUACCUACUCUUGAAGAAGUAAGCACUUGGAGUCAAUCCUUUGACAAACUAAUGAGAACACCGGCGGGUCGAAAUGCUUUCAGAGAAUUCCUUCGGACAGAAUUCAGUGAAGAAAACAUGCUUUUCUGGUUGGCCUGUGAGGAAUUAAAAAAGGAAUCCAACAAGAAUAUAAUUGAAGAAAAAGUCAGGCGGAUAUAUGAGGAUUAUGUUUCUAUCCUUUCUCCAAGAGAGGUCAGUCUGGACUCCAGAGUAAGAGGAAUUAUUAACCGGAACAUGUUGGAACCAUCGAAACACACUUUUGAUGAUGCACAACUCCAGGUUUAUAUGUUGAUGCUCAGAGAUUCCUACCCUAGGUUUAUGAACUCUGCUAUUUACAAGGAUUUAGUUGAGUCUCUUUCUCAAAAAUCUGCUGAAUCAUAG